UUGCAGACAUAUUCAAAUUGGCCAACGUAUCCACAGCUGUAUUUGGACGGUGAACUCAUUGGAGGCUUGGAUGUUAUUCGCGAAGAACUCAAGGAUGCAGAUUUUGUCGCCAAGUUGCCGAAGAAAGAGGCGGGUGAAAAUGAUCUGAACAGCCGGUUGAAGAAGCUUGUUAACCAACAUAAGCUGAUGUUGUUCAUGAAGGGUGAUCGACACGCGCCGCAGUGUGGUUUCUCACGUCAAAUGGUAGGACUGCUUGAUGGAGUUGGGGCGGACUACGGAACCUUUGAUAUUCUCAAGGAUGAAGAAACUUUCUCAAAUUGGCCAACGUAUCCUCAACUUUAUCUUAAUGGCGAGCUUCUAGGAGGACUAGACGUAGUUAGAGCGGAGAUGAGCGAUGAGAGUUUUGUUUCUUCUUUACCGAAAAUUUGA